GCCAUUUUGAGCCAUUUUUUGCACGGCAGCGCUCGCCCCCGCUAGAGCGGCGCUCGCCAUCAGCCUUGCGCAUCGCUCGAGUACGUGCGACUGACGCCUUAAACGGCACGCCGCGCCCGCUCGCGUGCUCCAAUUGACCUUGUGCAGCAGCACACGCGUAGCAACAAGCGCGCGGCACGCACCGCGCUCACUAAAAAUGCUCCGCCUGCUCGUCGCCGCCGCAGCGAUCAUCGUAAACCAUGCGGACGAGACCGUCACCCUGAAACGGGACGCGCCGCCGGCCGAGGACGAGCCCGAAGUGCAGGCGUCGAUGAACUCGCUGGGCGGCGCCUUCAUGCCUGCUGUGGGAGAGGACUACGAAAAUGAAGCGGCGAAGGAGGCCGAGCGUGUUAGGCUGUCCCAAGCGGCCGAGCAGGCGGAAGCUCGCGCGCGGGCCGAGCACGCGCAGCGCUUGGAAGAAGCCCAGCGCCAAUACGCGGCCCAGCAGCAGGCCGCCCAGACCGCGGCGUUGGAACGAGCCAAGGCCGAGGCGCUGGCGCAGGCGGAGGCGCAGGCGGCAGCGAAGGCCGAGGCCGACGCCGCGGCGGCGCAGGAGGACGCGUCGCCCGAGACGGCGACGCACACGCCGAUGCACGCCGAGGCGGCGGAGCUCGCGCAGGCCUACGCCGCCGCGGCCGAAACGCUCAGCGGCAUUAGUGGCGAGGAGGAGGAGGCUGCUGAAGAGGCCCCCGCGGCAGAGGAGGCCGCCGACGAGGCCUCGCCGGUGGAGCAGGCCGCGGCCGCCGAGGCGCUGCGGGCGGAGAACGCCGCGCGGCUCCGCGAGGCCGUCGCGCAGCAGCAGCGGCAGCUGCGCGAGGCCGAGCUCGCGCGCCGCGCCGAGCAGCAGGCGACGCUCGCCGAGGCGCAGCAACAGGCAGGAGUGACCACCGACGCGUUGCGCGAGCACACGAUGCCCAUCAAGCAGGAGCCGCGGUCGCCGCUCGAAAGCGACCUCCGGCCCGCCGACGCGGCUCAGUUAAAGGACAUUUAUCAACGGGACCAGAAGUUGGCCGAGAUGCGGUCGCGCGCGCAAGUCGAUCCUUCGACAGAAUUAAGACGGGCCCAGGCCUGGGCCGAAUUGCCGGCGCGGGAGCGGCGGAGCUGCGCGGCUGAGGUUAGUAGGAUCACCAAGAACUACAAGCGCGGCCACUACGCCGUGUUAGGCCUUCGCAGAAGCGCGUCCCAGAUGGAGAUCCGACAACGCUACCGCCAGAAGGCGCUGCUCGUGCAUCCCGAGAAGAAUCCGUCGCCCGACGCGCGCCUGGCCUUCGAGCAGCUGCGGGAGGCGGGCGAGACGCUCGCCGACGACCGGUUGCGCGACGCCUAUGACAGAAAACUGCAACGGCAGCAGGAAGAGAAACUUGAUCAUUUCAGGGGGGAGGUCUUGGCGUUUGCGGAGACGUCGGCGGAGUACCUCCAGGCGCGGCUGCGCGAGUUUCCCCGGGUCUUGUACGGGGCGGCGGCGGUGUCGUUCCUGCUGGUCUAAGUCUAUCUAUAUGGG